AUGCCCACAAACGAUAGUGCCAUUAUGUCUUCACUUUUUGGCCGCAUAAGCGCUCGAGCUAGUCUGUUAUCAACAAGAGAUUACAAAACUACGAUUCAGUUACUGGAUGAUAACGACACGAUAUUUCAGGAAUUCAAGAAAUCAUCAAACGCUCAGGUUGUGUUAGAUUAUGUGUGUGAAUUUUUGAAUAUCAUUGAAAAGGAUUAUUUUGGGCUGCGUUAUCAAGACCUUAGUAAACACAGGAUAAUUAACAGCAAUAUUUUUCAGUACUGGAUGGAUCUCAACAAACCAAUAUGUAAGCAAGUACGAGGGCCCAUUGCGACAUUACGAUUUCGUGUGAGAUUUUACCCGUCUGAUAUAGGCGUUUUAAAGGAAGAAAUAACUCGGUACAUGCUGUUUGCGCAACUGCAACGAGAUUUACUGCAUGGACGAUUAUACUGUCCACAGAAUGAAGCAGCUGUACUGGGGGCACUAGCUUUGCAAUCUGUAAUUGGUGAUUACGAUGCAGAAGAUAGGCCAAAGGAUUAUGUUUCGAAGUAUAAAUUGCUUUUGAAGCAAACGGAAAAGCAUGAAGAAAAGAUUGCUGAAGCUCACAAACAAUUCAAGGGGCUGACACCAGCGGAAGCAGAAAUGGAGUUCUUGAAACGAGCAUCAAAACUAGACACUUAUGGAUUUGAUCCGUUUACUGUUACGAAUAAACAAAAACAGGUUAUGUAUAUCGGUGUAACCCAUCGUGGUAUCUUCAUUUAUCACGUUAGUCGAAUGGUGGACUAUAUUGGCAAAGAAAUUAUCAUAACACCGGUGCAAUCAUACGUAUCACCUUAUUCGUCAUCUCCUGAGGAUGUAGAAGGACUUACUAAGCAGCAAAAAAAGAAGAAUGCUCUGAAAUUUCAAUGUCCAUCAGCUAUGUUUGCGAAGCAUCUUUGGCGCCAUAUUUUAUCACAGCAAGCUUUUUUCACAGAAAAGGAUGCCAAACAUAUUAAACCAAAGUUUUCAAAGCCGCGUAUACCUUUGUUAACUCGUGGUUCAACGUUUCACUUCCCAACUUUGAGAGUGCUCCAUGAAAUUGAGGCAGGAGGUGGUAACAAACGUGAAGGACCUCAGCCAAGGUUUACAAGAUAUCCGUUGCAGCAUCAAGCACCACGACUGCAAAGUUAUACCACUGACAUUAAGUAUAAUUCACUUCCCAAUGCUCGAGUGAUUAACAGAGUUGUUGAAGAUAAGGAAUCAGUAAUAGCAGAGAAUUUGGAAGAGGAAAAAAAUGUGGAAGAUAGCAUUGCGUUGGACAAAGUGAAUCAAAUAUCAAUUUUCGCGCCACAAUUUCAGACAACGUUUACUAUACGUCUUGUGCGAAAGGAACCGUUAUCUCCACAUUCGUACGAAUGCUGCAGCGAAUGUACAAUGGAAUCAACAGAUAAAGAUUGUUUCGAUAAAAUGUUAGAUGCUGUGAGACCUUUGAGAGCCAGUGCAAAUGAAGGGGGAAAUUCUAAACAUGACACAAUAUUGAUAGGGACCAGUACUUCAAGCCCAAUCACAAUCGCUACCACAACCUCAACAACGAAGACGAUGAAUACUGAUGGAUUCAGGCACGGAGAUCAGCGUGAUUCACCUUGGUCAAAUUCAGUACCAGCUUUGGAUACAGUAAGACAUGUUUUGUACGAACCGAUACGACAUCAUAUUCUGGCCUUGUAUGUUCGUUUCAUAAAUCACUGAAA